GUUUUGUACGUUAAUUAACCCCAGCUGCCACGCCCGCGUGCGUCAUCACAUUAAUUCACGCGCGUUUUUGGUUUGCGUUUGAGUUGGGAUCGGAUCGAUCCUCCACGUGGAUGCGAAUUAUCCGCGGCACCUAUAUAUUCGGGAGCAUCGGCCGCGGGCUAAGCUACCUUGCGAGCAACGGUUGAGGGUCAACAAUCAACUAGCUCCUUUCCUUUCUAAUUUUGAUAAUUAUGGAGAAGGAGCAGCGGCAACAACAACAACAUGAGGCGGGCGAGCUUGAGGCGCCGCUGCUGCUUCCUGCAGGCCACCACGACCACGCCGUCGAUAAUGGCGACGCCGCCGCCCGUACCAAGGCCGCCGCCGCCGCCGCCGGUAGCUCCUACGCCCUCGUCUGCUCCCUCGUCGCCUCCGCCAUCUCCAUCAUCUACGGCUACAACCGAGGGGUGAUGAGCGGGGCGCAGAAGUUCGUGCAGGAGGACCUGGGCGUCAGCGACGCGCGGAUCGAGGUGCUCAUCGGGGCCACCAGCAUCUACUCGCUCGUCGGCUCGCUGGCGGCGGGCUGGGCCUGCGACAGGCUGGGCCGCCGGCGCACCAUGGCGCUCUCGGCCGCCAUGUUCUUCGCGGGAUCCGCCGUCACCGGCGCCGCCACGGGCUACGCCGCGCUCAUGGCGGGGCAGCUCGUCGCCGGCGUCGCGUGCGGGUUCGGGCUCGUCGUCGCCCCCGUCUACAUCGCCGAGAUGGCGCCCGCCGCGUCCCGCGGAUUCCUCUCCUCCAUCCCCGAGAUCGCCGGCAAUUCAGGCAUCCUGCUGAGCUACAUCGCCGACUUCGCCCUGGCGGGGCUCCCCAGGGGCCUCAACUGGCGCCUGAUGAUCGGCGUGGGCGCCGUCCCGCCGCUCUUCCUGGCCGUGGCGGCGCUCCUCUUCAUGCCGGAGACGCCACGCUGGCUCGUCCUCCACGGCCACCACGACGAGGCCCGCCGCAUCCUCGCCCGGACCACCGGCGACCGCGCGCUCGCCGACCGCCGCUUCACCGAGAUCGUCUCCUCCGUCCAAGUCCACGAAACCCCCAAUAAUAACGCCAACCAUAAUAAUAAAAACAAAAAGGCCUCGGGCACGAGCGUGUGGCGCGAGAUCCUGGUCCGGCCCACGCCGCCCGUGCGCCGCGUGCUGCUGGCCGUGCUGGGCCUCCAGUUCUUCCAGCAGGCCUCCGGGGUCGCGGCCCUCGUGCUGUACGCGCCGCGGGUGUUCAACCACGUGGGGAUCACCUCCCAGCGGGCCGUGCUGGGCGCCACGGUGCUCUUGGGCCUCGUCAAGACGGUCUCCAUCGUCGUGCCCCUCUUCCUGGCAGACAGGCUGGGCCGCCGGCCCAUGCUGCUGGCCAGCGCCGGCGGCAUGGCCGCGUCGCUGCUCGUGCUCGGAUUCUCUCUCCGCGCCUCGCCGCCUUCGGGGGGCGCGUGGUGGGCGGCGGCGACGAGCGUGGCGGCGGCGGCGGCGUUCAUGGCGACCUUCUCGCUCGGGUUCGGGCCCGUGAUCUGGAUGUACGGGUCGGAGAUCCUGCCGCUGCGGCUGCGCGCGCAGGGCACCGGCAUCGGCACGGCCGUCAACCGGGUCAUGAGCGCCGUCGUGGGGAUGACGUUCAUCUCGUUGUACGAGGCCGUGGGCAUGGCGGGCAGCUUCUACAUCUUCGCCGGGUGCGCGGCGGCGGCGUGGGUGUUCGUCUACGCUUGCCUGCCGGAGACCAAGGGGAAGAGCCUCGAGGAGAUGGAGGCGCUCUUUGCCACCGCCGCAAGGUCGCCGCCGUCUACGCCGCUGCCCUUGUGAUCGAAAUCGCUCAGGCAGUAGCACCGAGGCAUGGGCGAUCUGAAACGUGAUUGGGCGAUCAUUUAUGGCUGUAAGAUGUGAUGGAAGUAAAGACUGGUCAAAUUCAUGGCCGAAUCAGGGUAAUUCUUGCGACUUGUUCGUGUGAAGUAAUUUUGAUUCGAGAAGGAUAAUUAUAUAUCAUCUUGUGUAUACAUAUCAUCUGUUUAACUUUUUUCUUUUGCUUUCGAAAAUGACACGGAUUUUUAUAUAAA